CUCUCCAGGAACAUCUAUAUAAGAAGCUGAUGCUGGACGCAAAAUGUACAAGAAGCUUAUCUGCACCAAAUUGAUGGAUCUCGUCGAUGGCCAGGGUGCAAGUGAUGAGCUGUCCAGACUUCAGUCUCAUCUGUACAAAAAUAUACUAAGCUUCACAGAUUCCAUGUCACUCUAUUGUGCAAUUCAGCUAGGUAUCCCUGACAUCAUCCAUAAACAUGGCCAACCCAUUACUCUUAAACAGUUGGCUUCUAAGCUUCGAAUCCACCCACAAAAAACCAGCUGCAUGCACAGACUCAUGCGUUUGCUGGUAUACUCCGGCUUCAUUACUAAAACGGCCGCAGUAGUUCAUGAAGAUCAAGAAGAAGAAGAAGCUUAUGCUCUCACAGCUUCUUCUAGGGUCGUCCUCGAAGAUAAGGUCACCGGCCUGUCACCGUUGGUUCAAGCAAUACUUGACCCUGCUGUUGUAAACUCAUGGUAUUCCUUGGGAGAUUGGUUUCGAGGCACUGAGCUCACACCAUUUGUGAAAGCGCAUGGGAUGGGUUUCUUUGACUACUGCAACCAAAACCAAGAAUACGGUAUCACUUUUGAUGAAGGAAUGGCCAGCGAUUCCCGACUAAUGAGCAAGGUGAUCAAGGACUACAAGACCAUUUUUGAGGGUUUGGAUUCGUUGGUUGAUGUUGGAGGUGGAAGUGGGACAGUGUCGAGGAUCAUUUCUGAGGCAUUCCCUCACAUCAAAUGCACAGUGUUUGACCUCCCACAAGUGGUUGCUAAUUUGCCAGAUGAUAAAAACUUGAAAUACGUCGGUGGAGAUAUGUUUCAGUCCAUCCCUGCUGCAGAUGCGAUUCUGAUGAAGUGGAUCUUGCAUGAUUGGAGCGAUGAAGAAUGUAUCAACAUACUAAAGAGAUGCAAAGAGGCUAUUAGGAGCAAAGGUAAGGAUGGAAAGAUAGUUAUCAUAGACGUGGUGAUAGAUGAGGAGGAGGAGGAACAUGAUAUUACAAAAGCAAAGCUUUUCUUGGAUGCACUGAUGAUGAUUUUGCUCACUGGAAAAGAGAGAACCAAGAAAGAGUGGGAAAAGCUUUUCUUGGAUGCUGGCUUUAGCCACUACAAAAUAGUGGCAUCAUAUGGCUUGAAGUCCCUGAUUGAGGUUUAUCCUAAUUGAUAGAUCAUAAACUGGCCAUGGUACUUGUUAUUACUAAUUAUAUGUGUCAAAUAGGAGUAGCAAUAUGUGACAUGACCUAAGAAUCCAACACGAAUAUGACACAAAAUUAACGGAUUUGGGUUUGAUAUAAAUGAGUUUGGGUUAAAAGGAGUUGACCUACUAAGACAUGAUUAAUAAACAGGCCAGUCAAUAACGGGUCAACUUGCUUAACCCAAAAUCAACCUAUUUAAAUUUUAUUUCAAAAUUGAAAUUUUAUUAUUGUUGUAUUGUAAUACUAGUAUUUCUCAAUAUGCUUGUGUUUUUAUUAUUGAGACUGUAAUUUUGAACCU